AUGGUCCAUAACGCAGUCACGCCGCUCAUCAUCAACAAUGAGUCCAUCGUGACGGACGUCAAAUUCGAGGUCCAUGCCCCCGCCACGGGCGAGCUCUCCGGAUACUGUGCUGGUGCGUCGGUGGACGAGGCGAAGCGCGCCGUCGAGUGCGCCCAGGCGGCUUUCCCUGCCUGGAGCAAAACCAAGGCCUUUGAGCGCCGUGACAUUUUGCUCAAGGCCGGUGAGAUCAUGACGGCGCGCAAAGAAGAGCUCAUUGCGUACCAGAUGGAAGAGACUGGAGCGGGGCGGCUCUUUGUGGAGCACACUUUCCACAUGGGUGUCAACUUUAUCAAGGACUUUGCCGGACGCAUUUCGUCCAUCGAGGGGAAAGUGCCGAGUGUGAAUGUGGACGGCGAGAGCGCCAUCGUCUACAAGGAACCAUAUGGAGUUAUUCUCAGCAUUGCGCCGUGGAAUGCUCCCCUCAUUCUGGGUAUGCGCGCGAUCGCGCAGCCACUCGCCGCCGGUAACACAGUCGUCCUCAAGGGCUCCGAGCUGUCACCCAAGUGCUUCUGGGCCUUCGGAGACAUUUUCCGCGAGGCUGGUCUGCCCGCCGGUUGCUUGAACGUGCUGUACCACCAGCCUUCCGAUGCCGCCGCUGUGACAACCGCUUUGAUCGCCCAUCCAUUUGUUCGCAAGGUGAAUUUCACCGGUAGCACCAAUGUCGGGUCCAUCAUUGCCUCCACUGCCGGUAAACACAUCAAGCCUGUGCUGCUGGAGCUGGGUGGCAAGGCCUCGGCAGUUGUCUUGGACGAUGCCGACCUCGACAAGGCCGCCAUGAACUGCGCGCUGGGAUCUUUCAUGCAUUCUGGUCAAAUAUGCAUGUCGACUGAACGAAUCAUUGUCCAACGGGGAGUUGUCGACCAGUUCCGUCAAAAGGUCGCCGAGCAUGCUGAGAAGCUGUUCGGUAAGGAUGUUCCAGCAUUGUGCCUCGUCAAUGCCGCUGCCGUCACCAAGAAUAAGAAGCUUGUCUCCGAUGCGGUCUCGCGUGGAGCCAAUGUUCUGUUUGGAGAUGCCAAUGGCAACGAGUCCAAUGAUGCUCACAUGCGCCCUCUGAUUAUUGACGGUGUGACCAAGGAGAUGGAUCUAUACAAGACAGAAUCAUUUGGUCCUACCGUGUCAUUGUUUGUCGUUGACUCGGAAGAGGAGGCUAUUGCGUUGGCCAACGAUACCGAGUAUGGUCUGACGGCCGCCGUGUACACGCAAAAUCUUUUCCGAGGUCUUCGUGUUGCUAAGCAGAUUGAGUCUGGUGCCGUCCACAUCAACGCGCUUACAGUCCAUGACGAGUCCACCCUGCCACAUGGUGGAUGGAAGAGCAGCGGGUUCGGUCGGUUUGGCGGUGUCUCUGGCUUGGACGAAUUCCUCCAGACCAAGGUCGUCACCUGGUACGAGUAG